UUUGUGGAUUUCGACAAGCGCUGAGAAACGGCGGGUGUUGUGUGGGAGCGCGGGGGUAUAAUUGGUUGAUUAACUGUGUUAUAAUUUAUAUUGUUUGCGGUGUGAAUCUGCUGGGAUAGGCUGCAGUGCAUAUUGAUACAAAAUAUUUCUUUGUUCAGCUAUAAUUCUGCUUUCAAUGCCAGGGGACUUGACAUGAAGGAAGCAUAUUUUCUCUCAGUAGUGUCGUAUCACUGAAGCUGGAAGCUGCUUUUGAAAAGCCCAUUUGAUACAUUUUCCGAAGUCACACAAAUAAAAUGGCUUUGACAAGACCUAGUUCCAAAUCAUCACUUAUGAGUAAGAUUCAUGGCGCUAUUGCUGACAAGAUGGGACCACCGAGAUUGAUCAUUGAAAGGAGGACUAUAGAGAAGACAUACAAGCUCAUGGAUAGAGUAGUCAAACUCUGCCAGCAUCCAAGAAUGAAUCUGAAGAACUCUCCACCUUUUUUGUUGGAUAUUCUGCCAGACACUUACACACAUUUGAAGGAGAUAUGCAGCCGCUAUGAAGAUCUGGAAGUUCUCAACAACAAUGAGUACUUCAGGGUCUUCAUUGAAAAUCUGAUGAAAAAGUGUCGCCAAGCAGAAAAGCACUUCAGGGAUGGAAAGGAGCAAAUGUAUGAUGAGAACUCUGUGUACAGGAGGAAUCUCACAAAGCUGUCUCUUGUGUUCUCACACAUGCUCUCGGAGCUGCGUGCAAUAUUCCCAGAACAUGUGUUUAUGGGUGACCAGUUCAGAGUCACAAAGAGUGAUGCAGCAGACUUCUGGAAGAUGUACUUUGGAGAAAGGACAUUGGUGCCAUGGAAGGUGUUCAAAGAGCGGCUUGAUGAGGUGCAUCCCAUCAACCCUGGACUGGAGACAAUGGCGCUGAAAACCACCAUAGACCUCACCUGCAAUGACUACAUCUCAAACUUUGAGUUUGAUGUCUUCACCAGGCUGUUCCAGCCGUGGACCACGCUGCUGAAAAACUGGCAGAUCCUGGCCAUCACACACCCGGGAUACGUGGCCUUCCUCACGUACGACGAGGUGAAGGCCAGGCUGCUCAAUUUCAAGGACAAGCCCGGCAGCUACGUGUUCCGUCUGAGCUGCACCCGACUGGGCCAGUGGGCCAUCGGCUACGUCACCACAGACGGCAGCAUUCUGCAGACGAUCCCGCAGAACAAGAGCCUGUGUCAGGCGCUGCUGGACGGGCACCGGGAGCGGUUCUACCUGUACCCGGACGGACAGGACGAGAACCCCGACCUGUCGUGGGCCGUGCAGGCCACGCCUGAGGACCACAUCCGGGUGACGCAGGAACAGUACGAACUGUACUGCGACAUGGGCAGCACGUUCCAGCUGUGCAAAAUCUGCGCCGAAAACGACAAGGAUAUCAAGAUCGAGCCGUGCGGACACCUGCUCUGCACACCCUGUCUGCAGUCGUGGCAGGACUCUGAGGGCCAGGGCUGCCCGUUCUGCCGAGCCGAAAUCAAGGGCACCGAACAGAUCGUCGUCGACGCCUACGACGCCAGCCGGGCGAGGGCGCGCGUGCGUCGGCUGCGUCGCGACUGCCCACUGCCGCCGCCGCCGCCGCCACCCCUGCCGCCGCACCCGUCCUCACACGCCGCCUCAAACAGCCAGCAGCUCUCGUGACGGCCCGCCGCCUGCCGGCCGCGUCUCGAAACCAAAGUGUCCGCCCGGCCGCCGCACGGCGCUGGCGUCGGGUGGCCAGCCCACUUGUUAGCCUUGUUCAAUACGCUUAGUACUUACGGCGCGAUUCGCGCGGCCGGUGGAGAUGGAAGCCACGGCACGGCACUGGAGACGCAUCAGGGCAGUGUAAUGGACAGCUCAGCCGCUCGGCAGUCUACUGCGGGAUCCGAUGGUGGACGAACUAUUACCUACUGCCGGAUGCCAGAACACUGGAGACAAGCGACGCUGUGGCAUAAUCUGAUCGUGGCGAGUGCGACAUUUUUCCAUAAUGAUCUGCUGUGAAGGCUCAUCUGUGUGAUUCGUACGCUGGUAUGAUGCGUGGGCGAGGUGGACUCGAUAUGCCUCAGCUGUGGUUACGAGUCGAUCCGUCUCAAAACGUUCCGUUAUGCGUGGGGAUGACUGGAGCUCCGGCUCUCACGCCUACGUGGUGUAUCAUGCAAGUUGUGCGGCGUGGGCCUGCCCUGGCUAUACGAGUUACGGUGUCUCGCUCGGCUACGCAGCGUGCUGUAGACGGGAAUGAGGGACCGGAAUUUGAUAAACUAGAUCACCAAAUCGACACCUGCUCACGGUUCCCACUGCUCUCUACUUGCCUUGGUCGGCCCUGCUGGGGAUCCGGACAAGAAACACGUUUAGUUUCUGUAGAAAUGCUCAGCAGUGUGUUAUUUUUGUCAGUUGUCACAACCCAGCUAUCUGUGUUCUUUGCCAGUCGGGAUUAUGUUAGUGCUGUCCUUGGGUCAAGAAGAAAAUCAGACCCAGGAGAUGAGAGUUUGUCAUUUUCCAUGAAAAUGAUGAUCGUGUAAGGAAUCUAGGACUAGUAAACCGAAAAGCCGCGUAUGCCCACCGCAGAUAUGUAAAGAAGUGGUAGGUUUCGUUCAAGGUCCGGGAUAUGUCCUCUGUGAAAUCGCCCAAUUUUGGUGGCUCUACCGCUCACUGCUCGGCUCUUCUCUCGCUCCGUGCGAUUAGCCACAAUCGGAUCCAUUCGCCGUCGUAUUCGCUAUCUCGUUUUGUCACAGUUCAUCAGGUCCUUGGCUGUCUGUAUGGGUGAUGUCGUAUUUUUGCUAUCCUCGUCGCCCGCGCCGAGUCUGUUGCCUUUCCGCUGCGCCGUCGCACGCUGUUACCGCAAUGUGGCGUCUGUCAAUGCUCUUUUGGGACGCCCCGCCGCUCUGUGACCGGUCCAUGAGUGUUCUCGAGAGUAGACAGAUGGGCUCCCGUUUCAGUGCACUGUUCAGAUGCGAGGCCGAUUUCUCAGAGAUGCUGCAUAUUAGUAUGGUGCGGGCGCGGAAGCAGCGCUGUUGUUUAGUUGUGUGUAUGUGACCGGGUUCUGUGUGUAUCUCUGGUGAUCUGAAAGUGAAUUCUGGGGCGAUCUGAGUGAAUCCUGGGACGAUCUGAGUGAAUACGGGCAUGCGCAUGAGAUUCUACAAGAGGAGAAGCCAUCCAUUAUAUUUGUACAAAUGGACAUCAAUAUACAAAUAUUCUUGUACAGAAA